GGAAAAUGGAGACGUGCUGACCAAUGCAAAGGGUGCGUCAAUUGUCACUUCUUCUUGGCACUUCUUUUCUUUCUGAGGGAGCCACAAGAGGGGAAGAAAAGGGGAUCUGGAGAGCUGAAGAGGUGCGGAGAGGUGUGCUAUUUCGGAGAAGUGACUUUUUCCCCCUUCUUACCUCUCCGACCCCUUUCUUUCAACUUUCUACCGAUAACUCAUUUUUUACACAAACAUCAUCUGUGCGGUACCGGUACCGGUGGCUCAACAACAACGUACUACAUAACCCACAACUGCAUCCAACAACAAAAUGAAGGUUCCAUUCGCUCUAGUAGUGUCCUUAUUUUUCGGUUCAGCGAAAGCUUGGACGGUUGGCAGAAACUUGGCCAAGACCAAAUCAUCGGCUCUUUUUGCCGCAUCGAAAGACAUGGAGUUGGCUUCUCCUUCUAGUACUACCGUUGUAACUCUCUAUGAUAGCGUCAACUCCUACUAUGCCGGUGUGGCGCGAAUGGCGCUGUGCGAGAACGAUGUACACUUCCAAUCGAGAUACGUGAACAUGCCCCAAAUGGAGCAAUUGGAGCCGUGGUACCUUCGCAUCGAUCCAAAGGGGCAAAUCCCGUCCCUGACGGCCGCUGGCGACACGGUUCUGACGGAAAGCCGAGAUAUUGUGCGCUGGGGCUACGGAAGUGACGAGACCCAGGAAGAAGCCAAAGUGCUCGAUCAAUUGUAUUCCGAGUGUCCAGGAAGUCUCGCCUGGUUGUCGGGAUCCUGUAAAAUACUCUUGCUAAAAGUGAUUGCCCGUUCCCCAGCGAAAAAGAUUGUGCUGCCCAAAAAGAUCCGCCGAUACCAGAAACAGGAGCCCGAUCUCUUUGAUGUAUACGAGGACAAGUUGGCGGCAAUGUCACAGAAACACUUCUCCAAGGACAUUGGGGACGUCCAGAAAAGGAUUCAAGCGGUGGUGGAUUGGUUGGAGGACGAACGAACUCGAAACGGUGGCGAGUGGUUGUUGGGCGAUCAGUUCGGACGUGCAGAUGCUGUGACGACGGUCUACUUGAACUGGAUUGUCCAUUGCAACGACGUCGGCGCUGCUCCCAUUGCCAUCCCGAAGGGUCUGUUGAAAUACUUGGAGAAAGCAAAGGCAAGAAAGGGUUUUGAAGAGGCAAUUGGCCAAUACGGAGACGAUGCCUUUGUCCUCACCAUGAUUCGCCAAAAGAACCGCAAAGCUGGACGAGUGUUAGGUGUAGUUUCCGUGAUUGGCAUGGUCCAAAUCAUUCGAAAAGUCAUUGGAGUGUUUCUGUAAGUUUUAAAGCUAGCUAGGAAUUUGAGGAGGUUACUGCUAGCGAGUAGCUUUCACCUGAAACCUGGAACAACAAGAUCCUCGGUCCCAAGGGCCCAGUCUAAAAAAGUGAAUGAACUGUUCAAGUUGAGACAAGGGCAAUGAUUCCUCACAGACGCAUGACUUCUUGAGGUUGGUCCAGCAGAUAUACUAUAUCUCCGCGGUUGGUCCUACUAGCUAGUGUACGUUCUGAAACGGGAAUUGGCUGGCUCGGAGAUGGACAGGGGCAGGUCCCGAAGGAUUGAUUCGGGAUAACCAGAAGUGGGGUCUGCAGAUGAUGGACUAGUAGCUAGGGUACUGGGAUGGAAAGUUUGCUGUGUGCAACGACAGCGCGUACAGGAAGUAUUUUUGGCAUCUUCUUCAACCAGCAAAAACAGGAAAGGCAACCAAGGGCGAUGCGCUUCCAGCCAGUGGUGCUGCUCUUCCAUGCUAGCUAGAUGCAGCUCAAGCAGUACCUUAGGGAACUUUCAGCUUCAGUGUGCUAAAAUCGAAAGAAUUGUCGGGGUCAAUAAUGCUGCAAGGCUGAUAAAAGUUCUGGUUCCCCACCUCGAUCCGCCAAAGAUGCGAGGAGGUCUUCACUGCUGUCAGUUUUUCUAAAAUUGGACUUGACUUGGGUAAUUUACAGAAAUCAAUUUUACGGAAAAAUAUGGACAUUAUUAUAAUACGAA